UUCUUGAAAGCAGCACAAGUUCACUCGUAAACAUUCUGGGCAGCAGUGAUUGGUCAAAGUUAAACGGUGUCAGCGUGUUACGUUUACAAACUCGCUCCCAGUACCUGACAGCUCAGAGCGCUUCGCUCACCGAGGACAUCAUCACCUGACGGGACUUCUGACGGCGCUCACCGCUUCCUGUCCACCUUUACCUCUGGAGGAGACCUGGAGAAAAGAUGACCUCCCAGGACACUGCGAAAGACUUGGGUCACCGAUCCGAGGAGGUGAAUGACCGAUCGGUCUCCCCAGAAGUGCAGAGUGAAGAGAAGACGUCACCGAUUCUCCGUCGGCAUCAUCCAUUCAGCGUGGAGGCGCUCAUGUCCGGGAGGAAGACGGAGCACCGCACCGAAACGUCCACCUGUUGUAAAACAGCUGGAGCUACCGUGUCGGCCCCAACCGCAGGGCUAAAGUCUUUGUAUCUGUGCCGGGACACGUGUAGUCCUCCCGGGGAAGGUCGGAACAGUUUCGCGGCGGUCCCUUCUUCGCCGGUGAAAUCCGAGGUGUCGGAGUCAGAGGAAUGCUCACACUGGGUUUCUGCCAGCGCCUUCUCCACACAACCACGUCACAUCAGUCCAGGCUGUCAGCUGAGGAAACACAAGACCAACAGAAAGCCCCGCACUCCCUUCACUACAUCCCAACUCCUGGCUCUGGAGAGGAAGUUCAGACAGAAGCAGUACCUGUCCAUCGCAGAGCGAGCAGAGUUCUCCUCCUCUCUGACCCUGACGGAGACCCAGGUGAAGAUCUGGUUCCAGAACCGUAGAGCAAAGGCAAAGAGGCUCCAGGAGGCYGAGCUCGAGAAACUCAAGAUGGCCGCUGAUGCCAAGACGGCAGUGGUGGCAGCCACUGCCACUUCUGCAGCGCUACAUCCCGGCUUUACGUUACCACUGUCGCUGGGCGCCAUGUCUCUGUACGGACAGUCAUAUUCUGCCUAUCACCACCACCAAAGACCCAUUCUGCCCAUAUCCCCUCUAGGACUGUAUGCUGCUCCGCUGGGAUACAGCAUGUACCACUUAUCGUAAACAUGGAAAUAUUUUAUGUAUUUUGYUUUUAUGCAUUCCAAAAAUGGACAGAGAGGAUGUGUGCUUGACAUUUAAAAAAACAAAAAAAAUUAUGUACAGCCUAUCCAUAUCACCUGCACAAGAAGUGUGACGUUCAGAGCACUUCAGAUCAAAUUAGCAACUUGUUUUUCUUCUGCUAGGUGAGGAUAGAAAGGCGCUUCCUGUUCUGCCCUCGUCGGACAGCACGUUUACACGAUUGGCCUGUAAUGUGGAGGGGUGUUUCUGUCUGGGUGCUGUUUAUCCUCUUCACUUGUUUACAUCAGCAAUAAUUGAGCAGGGGCGAGGACUUGCACUGGGCACCAAAGCACAGACCGCGGCUGUUUUCUUAAGCCUUGUUCCCAUCAGACGCAGUGCCUUGUGUCAGAAAAUGGCCUCCAUGUCAGGAUAYUUGUGAGGAUGAACUGGAGUUUUAGCUUCUGAGAACRGAUUGAACAUAUCACUGAAGCUUUCUUGUGGUUUACACAAACCGAUUGCCUUAAAAAUAUCAUUGCAUUCAGGUUAAACCUGAAAGUUACCCAUGAUCUGUAUAGCAAAGCAUAAUUUAUACCACUAUAGUUGAAGUUUGUUUUUCUUCACAACACAUUUAUAGCACAAUAACAUAUUUAUCUCCUAUGAAAUACAAUGCUGGAAAUGUAUGAGUGCCUUAUGUUGUGUAUUUAUGGUAGAGAAUAUGGUACAAAGUUUUACCAAAUGUGUAUUUAUAUUGCUCGUUUUGAGCAUUCUAUGCUGUUCUUGUUUUGUCAUCUGAAAUUAAAGCUCUUUAGAUUCUUA